GCGAGUGGCGGGCACCCACAGCUGCUCCGACUCCUGUUACCGCGUCAUCGAGUGACGCCCGCCCGAUUGCACGCGAUACGCUCUGCCCGCCCGAUGAAAUCACCUUGCGCAAUCGCUUCUUUUUUAUCCGUGGGAAUUCGCAGGUCCCUUAUAUAUAUAUAUACACGCGGUUUCUGGACGUUCGCGUGCCGACACGACGAGGCGAUACACGAGCGGGCCGCUCAGCCACGGACGUGAAUGGUGGGUCCAUUCGUGCCGAUCUGGAACGAAGGAAGACCGCGUCUCGGCCGGUGUACACACAGUCACCAGAUAAAACCGGACUUGCACUCGGUGAAUAACGAGUCUCCGCGUGGCUGUCCUCUCGGCUGCAACAACGGCCACACUGUUGUACCACACCGUUUCACCAUUUCACGCCUUUCCUUCGGCUUUCCUUCCUUCGCCCGACGAGAGGAGAGAGAGAGAGAGAGAGAGGGAGAGAGAGAGGGAGAGAGAGAGAGAGAGAGAGAGAGAGAGAGAGAGAGAGAGAGAGAGAAAGGAGAAGAAUUGGAUAGACGAAAGCGAGGCGAAGAUCGCACGGAGGUUGAGGCAAUAUCCCGGUCGAGAGGAGGGAAGAAGGAAGGAAAAGAUUGGGUCGCGGAGCUUGUAGUUCAUAGAAGUAGGAGGGCGUUGGAAAAAUCACAAGGAGACAUGGCCGAGGUGAAAGAGAUAGAUUGAUGACUUGAAUCGAGAAGAAAAGGAGUUGGAAGUUGCGAAGUUCGAUAGAGAGGAAAGAAUUUCGUGUGAUUAUUUUUAUAUAGAAGUCGAUCGAAGUUGGAAUGGAGGAUCAUUAUUGAUCGCGUUAAACUUGCUUAAUUCUCGUUCAUUCGUCUGAGUUUUGAGAGAUGAAUCUGUGCGAAGUGGAAUUGGGAAAUAAAAAUUUCUUCAAUUGGAGCCAGGAGAACAGCGUGCUGUGGAAAAAGGUCUUGUUGGUUUAUCUAAGUGAUUUCUGGUUGAUGACAUUCUUCUUGGGAAUGUGGGAAAUAUACACGUUGGGGGAUUAUAUGUUCGAAGAAUUUGACGAUGAUUACGAACCAUUAGAUGCUUUGUAACUCGUGAAGAAAAGUUACUCCUUCCAAGAAUUUUCUCGAGAGCAUGGAUUUCAAGAACGUGUUCGAAGAUCUUGAACCGCUUGGAACCGUAUAGAAAAUUGGCUACACAUGAAGAAUGGUGAAUCGAAGGAUCGAAUAGGAAGAAAAUCGUAAAAAUCGAUCGUGAAAAAAAAGAAGAGAAAAUAUCAAAAGAAGAUGAAAAUGAGCGUCGCAAACGGAAUAAAUAGACACGUGGAGGAAUAUUUGGAUAAGGUCGAGGUGAAUGCGGAGGAGGAAAAGAGAAGAGAGAAGAAAGGCGUCACGUAUCAGAUAAUGAUGGUUCUCUGCGCGAAUUCUUCGAUUCUGGGUCCAUCCAUGGCUUUUGGUUACAGCGCAGUGGCAUUGGAACCGAUGAUGGCACCUAGUAGCGACGUGAAAAUCGACAAAGUUCAAGCAAAUUGGAUUGCCACAGCUACAGCACUGGGCAUCCCACUCGGUUGCAUUGUCUCUAGUUACACUAUGAGGCGGGGAAGAAAGUUGAGCCUGUUGAUAACGUCGAUCGUGUCCAUCGUUGGAUGGCUAUUCAUUUAUCUCGCUGGAACGUACGAGCAGAUUCUUGUGGGCAGAAUUAUUUCCGGAAUCGCGACCGGAAUGGCCUCGGUCCCAGCCACCGUUUAUAGCGCGGAGAUUGCUUCUCCAAAAUGGCGAUCGACCAUGGUCACGUGGACCAGCGUAACCAUCGCUAUUGGCGUUUUGAUCGUUUACAUUUUUGGCUACGCGUUGAAGGACAACUGGCGUACGGUGGCACUGCUGUGCGCCCUGUUUCCCCUGGUCUCGGCCGCACUGACCUUGGCCAUCGUCCCAGAAACCCCGAUCUGGUUGCGAGACAGAGGUCGUCUAGACGAGGCGUUACAGGUGUUGAAGAAAUUCCGCGGUGUCCCCAACGAUGCGCCGCCCCCGCAACAAUUACACCAAGAGUUGAGGCCUCGUCCCCAGCGAGCGAAUCAAAACUUCGCGAAACAUUUGCUGAAGAGGAACGCCGUUCUACCAUUCGCUAUUAUGCUCGGCUACUUCUUCUUCCAACAAUUCUCUGGAAUUUUCGUCGUUGUCUAUUACGCCGUGAAUAUAGUAGAGAGCGCUGGUAUCGCCAUAGAUCCGAAUUUGGGAGCGGUGUUGAUAGGAUUGACCAGGUUGUUCGGUAGCGUGUUGGUGGCGUGCGCGUCGAGAAAAUUCGGUAGAAGGAAACCGUCCAUCGUUUCCGGAUGCUCGAUGACCAUUUUCAUGGGGAUUUUGUCCGUCUAUUUAUGGAUCAAGGAUAGGGGAUAUCGCGUGAACGACAACGGGUUGAUUCCAGCGAUAUGCGUACUUAUGUAUAUUUUUGGCAGUACGCUUGGCUUCUUGGUUAUCCCAUUCGCCAUGGUGGGCGAGGUGUAUCCUACGAAGGUGAAGGAAGUGUUGACGGGACUGUCUUCGUGUAUCAAUUAUAUUUUUAGCUCGAUCACGGUGAAAAUUUAUCCGGACAUGGAGGUUAAUAUGGGUAGACAAGGUGUGUUUAUAUUUUUCACCGUGAUGUCGUUGUUGGGAACGUUGUUCGUUAUUUUUUUCCUGCCUGAGACGAAGGGGAAGACGUUAAGAGAAAUCGAGGACAUGUUUUCGAAGAAGAAGAAGAAAAAGAAAAAGAGGAAGGGGGAGGAGGAAAUUGUUAAUUGGGGAGAAGAGAAAGAAAAAAUGAUAGAUCUCAAAAAUUCUGUAUCCGAAGAGACGUAGAGUUUCGUCGUUCUUUUCGAGAUAGAAGAUAUCAAUGCAAAGGAAAUAAUUCUAAUUUUUUUUAAGCUUUUAACAAUCUUUUUUUUUUAGAAUUUAGUAAAGAAUUCGAUUGCGAAAUUUUUUCCAAUCGUUCCUUAAUUAAAUCAUUCCAUGAAAAUUUAACUAUAAUAUUACGUUAAAUACGUUACAAUGUAUCUACCACUAUGUGUUCAUUUUUCAUUUCAAUUUAAGAAAUUCUUUCGAUGAUGAUGAUAAUGUUACAUCGAAUAUUUUUAUACCGUCGAUAAUUCACGAUUAUAAUGUGUAACAUCACUUCUAUAUUCAAAUAUAAAUAAUCUAGGAGGAACAUUAAUCUCAUUAAUCUCAUUUGAGAAUAAUUACAAUUUAUUACGCAUUUUAA